AUGGAGUCUCUUGAUACGAAAAGUCUUCUGUUUGAGGAGAAACCUCUUCAUACUCCAUCGCUGGGUGAAUUACGGGACGCUUACAUUCUAGUGCUUGCGGUCGGUUUAAAGACUUGCUUCGCUACCGUAAACGUGGAGGUGGUAGAGUGUCCGGAUUUGAGCAAAGCUCCCUUCCAUCUCGCUGGAACUGGACUCAACGGUAGCCCAACAUUGGUCGAAAUCGGUGGACCUCCCUAUCUCCUGCCGACUGUCGACCGUACCAAACUCUACGAUGUCGUGUCCAUCUCCAAACGUGCGCUACACGAUGAUCAGAAAGCUUUCAUCGCUAUCGGUGCCGGUGCUGGUCCCUUCCCGCUGGUUAACUCCAACUGUGAAGGUAUGUUCAACCUGCGCUUCACACCACCCGGCACGGUUGUGAGUGAAAGUCACCUCGCAAUGGUAACCGCCGAUCGGGAAGUGGAAGUAAGAAAGAUCCCUAACACCGAGACACGCUGUGCACUGCUCGGCAAUCUACUCGUUGCCGAGGGAAACACUGGACCGGUACUAAAAGUAAGCUGCAAACGGCGCACCGGCAACAAAGACUUUAUUGCCAGCAUCCGUACCUGUCUGGAGGAUCGGUACGGUGAGCAAACUGUAGGGCUCGGUGGCGUUUUUCUGCUGCAAGCCGGCAAAGCCAAACAGCACGUUAUGUCCCCGUUCUCGGCCACACCCAUCCACACCGAGGAGCAGCUAAACGAGUGGCUCAACUUUUACGAUAUGCCGGCACCGCUCAUCAACCUUGGCACACUGGUCACGAACGAGUGCGAUCUCGAUCUGCGGCUGCAACACUUCCACAGCUUUUCCACGCACGGGCACGGUGGCCAUUAUCAUAUCGACACGACACCGGAGGUGGUCGAGUAUGAAGGAUACUUCGUGGCCGGCGAACGGAUCGUGCGUGUCGACAAACCGGUCCACACGCACAAGUUUGGACGGGAUUAG